CAAGUUUAGAUUCUAUGCUCGCAAUUAAAGCCAUACGAUGUGUAAUGGACCUCUUGGUAUCCGGAAGAAACAUAGAAAGUACAAACUUUCGAUAUAAAAACUCUCGGUUUAGAGAAAAGAGAGAGCUAUUUGGAUCAUUGCUUGUAAGCUAAUACUUAUCUAUGAAGAUUGUAGGUGCGUGGAGAGCUUAAAGAACGUGGAAACGCACAAUUAGAGAGUUGUUAAGAAGCAUGUGAUGUUGUAAUUCACGCUCGCAAUGGCCCAAUGAAUCCCCCCACGCGUCUAUCUUGUGCACACACCUUCACCAUUGCGUUCUUCCCAUUGCUCACCCCAUAAACUUCAGUCCCCAACACGUGGCACUCAUCUGCGUUUUUACACCCAAAGUUAUUUAUUCCCUUUUUGCCAUUUGGAUGAUCUAUCUUUUUUUUUUGGAUAAAAUUAUAAAUAGACCCAGCUUGUCCUUGUUUAUUAGCACUACUCUAAUGAUGGAACACACUGAAAAACAAUAAAAACAAACAAACAUUAAAAUGUCAGGAAAAAAAAAUUAAAAAAUAAGCUUGUACUGAAAGGUACUAAUAUAAUAUACCUGAAAUUAACAUUUUCUUUUGUUGUUUUCUAGGUUCUAUUCAGGUCUAGAGACAAAAACUCUCUGAUUAAUCAUGUAAUUUGGCUUAUUUUUAUAAAAUUUAAAACAUAAUUUCAUGAUUUGUUUCUCCUAAACCCUCUCCAAACCCAAUAAACCGGAGCAAAAACACAAGAGCGAGAAGUAGUAACGCAUUAGUUUUCGGCCACCUCCUCCAUUGAAGCGAAGCUCCGAGAGAGAGAGAUUGUAGUGUGGUGCAUCGUUACAAAACAUAACCAAACCCGUACACGAAAAAAAGACACAGACUUUUUGUUUUUGUUUUUGUUUUUUUUUGUCUCUUUCCAUGGUAAUGACAGAACUCAACUUCCUCCCAACAACCUCCGAUCGCUUCACGACGACGUCACCGUCACCGUCCUUCUCCGCACAUUCCCUUCUUCCCUUCACCCAUCGACGAACACGACAAAGUAACCACAGACCUGUCUCCGUACGCAUGGAGCAGUCACGACCGAGAAACCGAAAAGACAAGAUCGUCGUCAUCUUAGGAGCAACCGGCGCCGGAAAGUCACGUCUUUCAGUCGAUCUCGCCACUCGUUUCCCUUCAGAGAUCAUAAACUCCGACAAAAUCCAAGUCUACGAAGGACUAGAGAUCACCACCAACCAGAUUACCAUCCCGGACCGUCGCGGCGUUCCUCACCACCUCCUCGGUUAUCUCCCCUCCGAAGACGGCGAACUCACCGCCGGAGAUUUUCGUGUCGACGCUUCAAACGCCGUUUCCGACAUAGUCUCCCGUAAAAAGCUUCCGAUCAUCGCCGGCGGAUCCAACUCCUUCGUCCACGCGCUCCUCGCCGAGAGAUUCGACCCAAAGAUCGAUCCUUUCUCUUCUUCUUCGAUAUGUCGGGAUUUGCGGUACGACAGCUGUUUCAUCUGGGUAGAUGUGUCGGAACCUGUGCUGUUCGAGUAUCUUCUGAAACGGGUCGACGAGAUGAUGGGUUCGGGCAUGUUCGAGGAGCUGUCCGGGUUUUACGACCCGGUGAAAGCGAGUAGGGCCCGGUUUGGGAUCCGGAAAGCCAUAGGCGUACCGGAGUUCGACGGUUACUUCAAAAUGUACCCACCGGAGAAGGAGAUAAAGUGGGAUUCAGGGAGGAGAGCGGCGUACGAUAAGGCGGUGGGGGAUAUCAAGGAGAACACGUUGAGGUUAGCGAGGAGGCAAGUAUGGAAGAUAGAGAAGCUGAGAGAAGCAGGUUGGGAUAUUAAGAGAGUUGACGCAACGGCGUCGUUUAGAGCUGUUAUGAUGAGUUCGAGUUCGUCGCGAGAGUGGAGAGAGAUUUGGGAGGAGCAAGUUUUGGAGCCAAGCGUAAAGAUUGUGAAUCGGCUGUUGGUGGAAGAUUAGGUUAUUUCCCAGCCAUUUUCCAGCUCAUUUUUUUUUUGCUUUUCAUAUCAUAAAAAGGGUUCGUUGAGAGAUUAUUUUUCGAAAAAGGCACAUUUUUUUUGUUGGGUUAUCUACAAACAUGUAAUACAUAUGAUCUCCUCCAUUUUUGGCACUCCAAAACUCCAUUUCUAUUCUGAAAUUCUGUGGAAAUUAAAGCAAAAAAAAAGUCCAUUUCUUUCUUUUUUUGAACAAAGUCCAUUUCUUUUUUUUUUCAAAAGUUAUGUUCCUUUUCUUUUUUUCAAAAGUUAUGUUCUUUAAAAUGUAAUAAAAGUUUUGAUCUUUAGAAAAUUAGGAGGUUGUUUGUCUAGUCUGCAGAAAUGUGUGUGUGGGAAAAGAAAAGCGUAUGAGAGAGCAACGGCAAGGAGAGAUGAGCUAAACUGCGAAGCUUUGCAUUUAGCGUCAGAACAAAAUAAACCUUUUUGUUGUUUUUGUUAUGUCAUUGGAAAUUUCACCUUUAAUUUUUCUCUUCCUUUUUACCGGAAGUCUAGACCUUAAACCUCAGCAUAAACCAAUAAUUGGUUUUGCCAAAGAAACCUUUUGUAUAUAUAUUUUGCGUUAUUAAGAAUACGACCUUUUGUAUAUUUAUUUUACGUUUGGAUAUUUAUUUGGAUUCAGUUCAGAUAUUUCAAUUUUUUCAGAAUAAAUAUUAAACACCAUUCGAGUAUUUUUGAAUUUUGAGCCAAAUUGGUUCAAAUCCUUUUGGGUUCAUGCUGAAUUCAAGUAUUUAUAUGGGUUUUUUUUUCCGGAAAAAAAUAUUAUUUUUAGGUUCUUUGAGUUAGUGCUGAUAUUUUAAUAUGAACUACUUAUUAAAUACUCUGAAAUCACUUAACAAAUCGAUUUAAUUCAUUAGAUAACGUACAAAACUUGAAUAAUGUAUGACCAAAUACCGAUAAUAAAUAUAAUAUUAGAUAGUUAGGUUCCAUACCCUAAUUUCAGAUACUAAUUCAAAUCUAAAAACAUUUAUUCAUGGUCAAUUUUCAGAUUUUAUAUUGUGAAUUUGGAACGAGUUUGGAUAAUGCUCGAUAUCCAUGUUACCGUUAAACAUGAUCUAUUUAUGUAUUUUAUAUGCAGGAUCAGAUUCGGAUUCAGGUUUUUCGGAUAAGAUUUGGUUUGGAUUCAGUUACAAAGUCUCAUGCCUAAUUUAUUCGAAUUACUUUUACAAAAAUAUGGUGAAAGAUAGAACUGAAAUUUUGGUUUUACAAAAUUUUAAAGCUCUAUGAAUCUACUCUCCAACAAGAAAAAGACAAUCCCGAUCAUAGUUACGAGUAAAACGUUACAUUGGAUUGAAGACACAAAAAAAACUGAAAGAAAUUAUAUACGGUUUAAACUUUAGUCUAUUGUCUAUGAUCGUGUAGAGCAUUUUUUAUAACAGUUCAUGUAAUCCAUUGGUACUAUCUUAAGUUCUAAAGAUAUGUUUACGAUGCUUGACAGCUAAUGUUAUACUCUUUUAAAUACGGAUAUUUUCAAAUUUUAUUUGUUUUAAGUUUACAUUUCUUUUAAAUAUAUAGAGCUUUGUAUUAGAAAAACACGAAUUGUCAUUUUGUUGUAUAAUUAUGUGUGUUUCUUUUUGUUGCAAACAGAAUUUUGUAACCUGAGCCGCAAAGAGUUAUCAGAUUCAGACAGCUCCACAUACUUAUUUGAAGUCGGGUAUGACAACUAAUAUUAGUUAAAACGAAAUCCUCCAAAUCUUAAAAGACAAUCUUAGAUAGAUCUUAUUCGACUAGUUUUUAAUGAUCUUGGUAAUGAUUCGUUUGAAUUUUAAAGCUCCCUUUCUGAUCCAAUUUAUUUUAAUAGUAUUUAAACUUCGAUGAAAUCUUCAUCAU